ACAACAGCAGCAACAAUCGUUACAUCCACUGCUACAACAACUACCUCAUGCUCCUGUCUAUCUACCAGAACAUCACAUCCUCCACACUGAACAUGAUAUUUUUAAUCCGACUUCUCGCUUCAGGCGAGUCGCAAAUAAUAGCUCUACUAGCAGCACUCUGACGUCCAAUGCUAUGAGACCCAGGUGGCAGCCCAUACCCUCACCCUCCCCCACACAGUAUCCCGGAUUUUUACUCCACUUCCUUGCCAUGUUGGGUAGACCAAGUAGACCGGCCCACUACAGAAUGAAUCUCAUAAAUUACUAUGAUGAGACAACUGAUAUCGACAAUUAUGAAGCCCUAUUAAACCUGGCCGACCGGAUUGGCGAAGGAAAAUCUCGAGGCCUCAAUCAGUACGACCUUGACCUUCUGCCGACCUACCAGUAUAACCCCGGCUCCGACCAAUCAGCUCGCAAUCAGACGUCGUGUGUCGUCUGCAUGAGCGAGUUCGAACUGGGGCACCAUUUGAGGUCGCUGCCCUGCGCUCACGAGUUUCAUACCGCCUGCAUUAAUAAGUGGUUGAAGGUAAAUAGAACAUGUCCAAUAUGUCGAGCUGAUGCUACUGAGAAAUAUCCCGGGUGACGAUGAAGAAGAAAAAGAAGAUGAUGAAGAAGAAGAAGAUGAAGAUGAAGAAGAAGAUGUUGAUGAUAACCACGAUGAUAUUACUGA